AUGCCCGCGGGCGACGACGAGCGACCACCAUCCGACCCAGCUGCCUCGACGUCAACACCGCUCGAUGCACCACGCACAGACGCGCAGGAUGUCGCCAUGACCGAGCAGAACGAGGACGCAGACGCGAAGAGGGCUGGUGUGCAGGGCGCGCAGGGUGCGGGAGAGGGAGAAAGGCGCUUCGAGAGAUCGGGAACUCCGCCUCCGGCUGGUCUAGGCGGCGCUGAGGCGAGCGUGGAGCAGGGCGGGCGAGUUGAGGGCACAAGUGUGGAAGGCGAAGCUGCCGGGGGUACUGCGCAGCCGACUAGCACGUCCCCGUCGACUCCAACUCGCCCUUCGUCCGCUUCCUCUCCCUCGACGGCGGCAAGCGGCACGCCCACACGCGAAAGCCACGGCGAGUCGCUUCGACCCUCUCCUACAUCCUCCCCAGCACACGGCGCGCCAGUCUCAGACGCGCCCGACAGCUCUCCCAUCUCAGCCCGAAGCGCCGCCUCCUCCUCUCCCUCCGGCUCUCCCUCUUCCCAAGCCUCCCAGUCCCCUUCUUCGUCCGGCUCAGCACCGAGUCGACGCGUCAAAGUCUAUCGACUCAAGGACGACGCGUGGGUCGAUCUCGGCACCGGCACUUGCAGCGGAGUCUUCCUGCAGGCUACGCCUUCGGGCGACGAGUUUGAAGGUGGAGCGCGCAUUAGCGAGGAGGAUGAGGGAGCGUGGAUCAUCGUCAAGAAGGAGAAGUUUCGGAAGCGAUCGCCGAGUCCGUCGGAUGACGGCUCGCCUUCGAAGAAGAGACGGAGAGACGAUGGAACGGAUUCGCCUACGAAGGGGAAGGAUCUUACGGACGAGCCGGGCGUCGAGAUCGAGGACGAGGAGGACGAGGAUGAGGUGAUCCUGCGGACGAGAGUGCAGCCGUACCCCCAGGGUUACGCGCCGGAAGACUUGAUGGACGAGGACGAGUUCACGUCCGUCGACGAGAACGGCAACACGACUGUCGAUGCGGGAGGCUAUCAGCGGCAGCAGGAUACGCUGAUCGUCUGGACGGAGCGAUCGGGUCCAGACGGAGAGGAGGAACAGGAGAUGGCGCUUAGCUUUGCGACGCCGUCUGGGUGCGGCGAGAUGUGGGAGUUUAUCAAGGCUGCGCGGAGAUUCGCAGCCGAGCAACAAGCCUUACGGUCGCCCUCGCCAUCUCCAUCCCUCUCUUCUCCUCGCGCUUUCGGCAUGCACGGCCCGGCCACCGCCUCACUCGCCAACUCCCUCCCCGAACCUUCACUUGGCAACAUCGCCAAAGUCGAAAACGCGAUCCGCCAACUCUCGCGGACGGUCGUCGGGCGAGAGAGGGCAGCGAGCGUGAUUGUCCGCACGGGAUACAUCGAGAAGUUGGUCAAAGUGCAGCAGGAGGCGGAGGACCUCGAGAGUAUCGAGGAGUUGCAUGCGCUGUGUCGCGUCAUGCAGGCCAUCUUCCACCUGAACGACAAUGCCAUCUUCGAGCACGUCCUCAAAGACGAGGUCAUUAUCGGCGUGGUCGGCAUCCUCGAAUACGACCCCGACUUUCCGACCAUGCGCGCCUCGUACCGCGAACACCUCUCCUCCCCGUCAUCCUUCGUCUCCGUCAUCCCGCUCCAUCUCCUCCCCGCCACCCUCCUCACCAAGAUCCACCAAACCCACCGACUGCACUACCUCAAAGACGUCGUCCUCGCGCGCGUCAUUGAAGACUCGACCUCCUCGCUCCUGAACUCGGCGAUCUACUUCAACGAGGUUGACAUCGUGAAUGAGAUCACGCAGGAGCGCGAGUUGCUGAAGGAGGUUUUCAAGAUCUUUGGGGAGGAUGGGGUGGCGCCGAGUGAGGGGAAGGGGAAGGAGAAGGCUGUUGCGCUGGGGAGGAAGGACACCGCAUUGUUCGGCAGUGCGGACCUCCUCAAGCCUUCCUCCACCGAGGGAACGCCUUCGACCGUCUCCGCCGCGACCGAACUUCCAACGUCCUCCCCGCACGACCGCAAACUCCACGCCACCCUCUUCCUCCAGCAACUCUCGCAGAUGGUCAAGAACCUCCAAAUUCCGGUCCGCACGACGUUCUACAAGACGAUGUGCGAGCGAGGGUUGUUGCCUGCGCUCGAGGGGGCGCUGCGAUUCGCGGACGAGGUUGCGCAUGCGAAUGCGCGAAAGGCGGAGGAUGUGACGGAGGAGCGGGAGUUGGAGCGGCUGCAGGUCCUCGAGGAUGCGGCAGCGAUCCGGCAAGGCGCUUUGAGCAUCUGGAUCAGCGUUGUCGACCUUGACGCGGUCGACGUGCGAGGAUACUGUCUGCGGCAGGGCAAGGAGCUCGAGAAGCGGGCGGAGGAAGAGUCGGCGAACUUAGAUCUGGCGGCGGAACUUGAGGCGGAGAUGGAGAAGGAGUCGAAGACUGCGGAAGAGCUUGAGCGGGAGAAGCGCGAGAAGGACGAGAAGGAGGCCAGGCGGACGCUGCUUGGGUUCCUUGUCGGGAUGCUGAAGGAGGAGGAGGAUCUGGGCGUCAAGGCGCAGCUGGCGGAAGCGUUGCGGGUGCUGGUGGAUGCGACAAGCGAGGGAGGGCCGAUGAGCGCUCCCGCACGUCUGCGGGUCGAAGAUCCUGAGGCUGAGCGCUUCCUCCAGUACUUCUACGACCACUGCGUCCUCUCGCUCGUCCAGCCUCUCGUCGACCUUCCCGAACGUACCGACUCCGACCCUCCUCUCGUCCUCUCCGAAUCUUCCGUCGCCCUUCUAACCCACAUCUGCGACCUCCUCUGCUUCUUCGUCGCGCACCAUACCUUCCGUUCUAAAUACCUAAUCCUCUCAUACCCCGCCAUCGCCAAGUCAAUCGCUCGUCUCCUCCGACCCCGACCUCGCUUGACACGGCAUACGCACCUCCGUCUCGCCGCUCUCCGCUUCCUCCGCGCCUGCGUUGCCCGGAACGACGAUUUCUACAACCGCUUUCUCAUCAAGUACGACCUCAUCCGACCUGUACUCGAUACGGCUGAGGAGGAGCGCGACAAGGACAAUCUGCUCGGCAGCGCGUGCCUCGAGUUCUUCGAGUUCCUGCGAACGUCAAACGCCAAGGCCCUCCUCAAUCACCUCAUGGACCGCGCAGGUGACACCGUCCGCAACCUCGCCAAGACAAACGGCCUCUCGCCCCCUCUGCGGACAUUCGAGUCGCUUAUCGCGCGAUGGGAGAUGAACAACGAGCCUCCGCCUCUGCCGCUUGCGAGCGGAUCGACUUCCGAUGGCCCGGCUGCUGCGUCGUCUGGCGCGACUUCAAGUUCGAUGCAGCGCCAGCACAGCACUCCCGGCUGGUCUCCGCGCAAAGAAAUGGAGGAAGAGUCGUACUUCAACACCUCGGAUGACGAAGACGACGAGCCUCGCGUCGCACGGCCUCCCAAGCCCGACUUCUCCAGGUUUGGCGCAUCGCUCGGCUCGUCUCGACGCAAGCGCGAACCGCCUCCUACGCGCUCGGACAAAUCCGCGGACGAAUUGCUGGAUUUCCUUAAAGGCCUUAGGGAGGAUGCCGAGUCACAGAUGCGCAAGAGCCACGCUGAGGGGGAGGCCAAGCCGCCGAAUCCCCUCGUCGACUAUUCGGACGAUGAUGAGGAGGCGACGCCGGCUGGCGAGUCGAAGAAGGAGGGCGACACUUCGAAGGCCGACCCACUCGCCGGUGGCUUCAUUCGAGAACGUCGCGGGGCUGUAGACGUCGGCCAAGCCGCGGCGAUGGACGUCGAUGAACCUGCGCCCGCCCCCGCCGCUUCGACGUCCGCCGAGCCCAGCACGACGCCGACAUCUGCGUCUCCGCCCAAACCGCCAGUCGCAGUCCCAGACGACAACGGCGCGCCACCUUUCCUGCCGUCGCUGAGCGCCCUCAAGCGGAAGAAGGAGGAAGACGACGAUGGCGAACUCGGCCUGCUCGCCAAGCGCCGCACACCCUCUGGCGGCUCGUCCAACUCGCCGUCAAGCACGGGCGCCUCGAAGGGCACGUCCGGGAUGAACGGCAAGGUCUCGCUGCGGCCAGGUCUGGGGGGCCCGAGGCGGAUACUCAUCAACUCGGUGCUCGAGAUCCCUACGUCGUUGGCAGGAAGGAAACAAGGAGAGUCGGGUGAUGCAGGAGGAGCGGCGGAAGACUCGAAGGCAGCGGCGGAGACGGCUGUCAAGGCGGGCGAGGCGGAAGAGGGAAGUGCAAGUCCGGAGAAGGGAUGA